AUUUCUUCCAUAUAUCCUUUUUUUUGGGACUCAUCAGCAAACCGAAUUCUUCUUGAUCACCCUCUUGAAGAAUCAAUUCCUCUCUCCCAACACCUUCGCAUCCUACCCCUCCACCAGCUACCCCGCCAUCCACCAUCAACAUGGGUGUCCUCCAGGAUCUUAACCUCAAGCCCGGCGUCAUCUACGGCGAUGAUGUCCUAAAGCUCUUCACCUACGCCAAGGAGAAGGGUUUUGCCAUGCCCGCCGUCAACGUUACCUCCUCUUCCACCGUUGUCGCUACCCUCGAGGCCGCCCGCGACUCCAAGUCGCCUGUCAUCCUGCAGUUCUCCCAGGGCGGUGCUGCCUUCUUCGCCGGCAAGGGCGUCACCAACAGCGCUGAGAAGCAGGAGGCUUCCGUCGCCGGUGCCGUUGCGGCCGCUCACUACAUUCGUGCCAUCGCUCCCAUCUACGGCGUCCCCGUCGUUCUCCACACCGACCACUGCGCCAAGAAGCUUCUGCCUUGGCUCGAUGGCAUGCUCGACGCCGAUGAGGCCGAGUUCAAGAAGAGCGGCACUCCCCUCUUCUCCUCCCACAUGAUCCGAUCUCUCCGAGGAGGAGUCAAGGUCGGCAACCCCGAGGGCGCCGACAAGCCCAACAAGAAGAAGUACGACCCCCGUGUCUGGGUCCGCGAGUCCGAGAAGACCAUGACCGUCCGCGUCAAGGAGGCCCUCGACCACUUCAAGGCCGCCGGCUCUUUGUAAGCGACGAAUUCCGCGGGGGACGAUGGAUUCGGUAAUGAAAAUUGCUGCCGCAGCACGGUUGGGAGGUGAUUAGAUUGCUGUAAUUGGUAGCAAAGAAUGAUAUCCAUGAC